AUGGAAAAAUCACCCACAGAGGAGGAGAAAACCAAGAUAUUACCAUCACAGUCUAGCGUAAUUUCUUUAAGCAGCAGUAGUAGCAGCAAUUGUGAUAGUUUUGAUUCUGAUGACUCCGAUUUGGACGGUUGGGGUAUUGAAGGGAACCUGAGGAAGAAGCAGAGGAUUGAAACGGCAGUACUUCCUGUCGGUUUUCUUGACCCGCUUACACCCGAAGAACGCUUGGCCAUUCAGAAGGAAAUAGCUACAUCAUCGACCAUUGAAAAGAACAAUAAUUCUAAUGCAGGAUUGUCCAACGCACCUAUUGUAGUGAAACAGGAAAGUAUUAAGAAUUCGUGUAAUGAUUUUAAGAAUAAAGCAGUUAAUCCUCCUGCGGUCCGCAGUUGUAAGCAAUUCUGGAAAGCAGGGGAUUACGAGCGCAAGAAUGACGACGAUUCAAGUUCAAGACCUGGUGGCAUGGAUCAUGUCAGGAUUCAUCCUAAAUUCUUACAUUCAAAUGCAACUAGCCAUAAGUGGGCUUUGGGAGCUUUUGCUGAGCUUCUAGAUAAUGCCUUAGAUGAGGCUAACAAUGGAGCAACCUGUGUCCACGUAGAUGUGCUCAACAAUGGGAAGGACAAUAGUAAGAUGUUGUCGAUAGAAGAUAAUGGCGGUGGCAUGAAUCCUGAUAAAAUGCGGAAGUGCAUGUCUCUAGGGUAUUCUGAGAAAAGCAAAAUGCCCAACACUAUUGGGCAAUAUGGUAAUGGUUUCAAGACUAGUACUAUGAGGCUUGGGGCAGAUGUCAUUGUGUUCUCACGUUGUCGAGGGACAGAUGGAAGAAGUGCAAAACAGAGUAUUGGAUUGCUAUCCUACACAUUCUUGAUGGAAACCGGAAAGGAAGAUACUGUGGUCCCCAUGAUUGAUUAUGAGAAAAGAGGCGAGGCCUGGAACAAGAUGGUACGCUCUACCUUGGUUGAUUGGGAAAGAAAUCUUAGAACCAUUGUGCAGUGGUCUCCAUAUGGAAGUGAAGAAGAUCUCCUUCAACAGUUUAAUUCCUUCAAAGAUCAAGGGACACGCAUAGUUAUAUACAAUCUGUGGGAAGAUGACCAAGGAGCACCAGAACUUGAUUUUGACACGGAUCAACAUGAUAUUCAAAUUAGAGGUGUCAGCCGAGAUGAGAAAAAGAUAGAGAUGGCAAAGAUGUACCCAAACUCUAGGCAUUUUCUAACUUAUCGGCAUUCUUUAAGGAACUAUGCCUCAAUUUUGUACCUAAGGAUUCCAACUGGUUUCCAAAUGAUUCUACGGGGAAAAGAAGUGGAGCAUCAUAACAUAGUUAAUGAUAUGAUGCAAUCUAAGGAGAUUACAUAUAGGCCUACACCUACAGACUCAGCUUUGAAAGAUCCAAAAAAUAUGGUAGCGGUUGGGACUAUUGGCUUUGUUAAAGAUGCUAAGUGUCAUAUUGAUGUUCAAGGGUUCAAUAUUUACCAUAAAAAUAGGCUUAUCAAGCCUUUUUGGAGGGUCUGGAAUGCUGCUGGAAGUGAUGGCCGAGGAGUCAUAGGUGUAUUGGAAGCUAAUUUUAUCGAACCAGCACAUGAUAAACAGGGGUUUGAGCGCACAGUUGUGCUAUCAAGACUCGAGGCCAGGCUCAAUUUUAUGCAGAAAAACUAUUGGUCUUCAAACUGCCAUUUAAUUGGCUAUGCCCCACGUCGGCAGCCAAAGAACUCAGUUUCCCCUGUGAAAGAAGCUCCUGCUACAGGCAAAUCCUCUUCCAAGUCCAAACGAAAGGAGCGUGUCUUUUAUGAUGGUGCAUCUGUGCUGCAAUCGACUAAUAAUAGCGAUCAUAGAUCACCAAUUGAUGCCACUGAAAAUGUGGGAGCAACUCAGUCCGAGGCACAAGCUAAAAAUCAUAGUAAUACAUCUUCAAUUAGUGGGAGCUCUCAAGUAGAACCUGUAUCAAAUCAAAUUACUCAAAACUUGAGUGUGAAGGCUGAAAUGGUUAGCAGAGAUGCAUAUGCGGCUUCUUAUCCUUCCACAACAGAAAUGGUCCUUAGUUUGACAGAAGAAAAUAAUUCCUUGCGAAAUAGUUUAGAGGAAGUCUUGCAGAAUUUGGUGUUUGAACGGGACAGAAAUUCAUUACUUCAAAAUCAACUUCAAGAUACGCAGCAAAAUUUGGAAAAAUUCGAAGUUUUUGUUAGUACGUUCGCAGAAGAAAGAAGCAGGAGAGAUCAGGAGGAAUUGUGUUUGAGGAAAAGAAUAAAGGAAGCUUCUGAAACCAUUGAAGGGUUGCUCCGUAAAAUCAAGAUGCUAGAGAAUAGAGGAAUAGUUUAG